AAUCAGCUUAUUUCCACUUUUCAGAAAAAUGGGUGAUGUGAAGCUGUUGGGAACAUGGCCUAGUCCUUUUAGUUACAGGGUCAUUUGGGCACUGAAACUCAAAGGCAUACCGUAUGAGUACAUCGAACAGGAUCUACUCAACAAGAGUCCUCUGCUUCUCCAGUCUAAUCCAGUUCACAAGAAGAUACCAGUGCUAAUCCAUGGUGGGAAGCCGAUCGCGGAGUCCAUCAUCAUUCUUCAAUACAUCGAGGAGAAAUGGCCGCAGAAUCCCCUCCUACCAAGUGAUCCUCAUGAGAAAGCCGUGGCUCGAUUCUGGGUCAAAUUUGCCGACGAAAAGAGUCUGUCAAUCUGGAAAGUAUUUCGAUUCUCCGGCGAAGAACAGGAAAAGGGACUGAAGGAGAGCUUGGAAAUGCUGGAGAUUAUUGAAGAGCAUGCCCCUGGACUUGGACAGAAGAAAUUCUUUGGAGGUGACAAAAUUGGAAUGGUGGACCUUGCCUUGGGUCUGGUUGCACACUGGAUGGGAGCCAUUGAAGAAGUCACCGGGGUUCAGAUAAUGGAAGCCGGCAAGUUCCCCCGCCUGGAAGCCUGGAUGAAGAACUUCAAGGAAGAUCCUGUAAUCAAAGAAAACCUCCCCGAAUUGAAGGAUAUGUUAGCAGCCCUGAAACGUCGGAGGGAGAUCCAUCUGGCAUCCAAGUGAUCAUAAUAUCGUGGUGAACCUUACCAUAUCUUAAUUUCAAUCUAAGAUCGUCUGUAUGAAAAUGUAGGAUUAUGAUGGAAGCCGGAAAGUUCCCUCGCUUGGAAACCUGGAUGAAGAACUUCAAGGAAGAUCCUGUAAUCAAAGAAAACCUCCCCGAAUUCAAGGAUAUGUUACCAGCCAUGAAAAGUCGGAGGGAGGCCUAUCUGGCAUCCAAGUGAUCAUAAUAUCGUGCUGAACCUUACUAUAUCUUAAUUUCAAUCUAAGAUCGUCUGUAUGAAAAUGUAGGUGUUUGGUAUGAAUAAAAAAAUCUUAUAUAU